GAAUUUCAUUGAUUAUUUUCAUACAGUUAUUAUUAUAUUUCCAUCUUUUCCAGAUGAAAAAAUAAAAUAAGGGUCGUACUUUUAACUAUUAAAGCUAUUUUAAUAACUAUCCCAAAAUGACACAGCCUUACAUGUGCGAGCCGGAGCUGAUAGCUGCCACAGAAAAUAUACUGCCGGACCUAAACAACGAUUUAAUUCUAGCCAAGAACUUCCUCAAACAACAGAGCGCAGCUACAGGAGACUCGUUAUAUGAUCACAUGGUAGACCUCGUGCAGAAGAUUCUAACCACAAAGCCUCCGGACGUCGUGGAUAACUUCGAGCACUACUCGUGGGGCGUGAAGCUGGACAAGUUCCGACCAAACUUUGAUCUGCUGAAUGAUGUUUAUCUGGCACCGGCGCAACUCACCACCGUGCGGUUGCAAGAGGAGAUGUACCGGCUGGUGGCGAGCAAGUGCGAAAAGAUGGACGGGAUGGACGAGGAGGAGCAGGAGUUGGAUUUGGAAGAGGAGGGCAAUAAAGCUCGUGUAGCAGAUCUUAUGGAGCACAAUUAUUAUUUCCGAGAGGGUGGAUACGGUCUGCCGGCCAGCGAGUGCUUCGCUGUGUUCAUAGCGUUGAAGAUGCUGGGCAUCAAGGAGCCUGUGUCAAAUGUCAGAUUUUUCGGUAAAAUAUUUGGCACGAAACAGAAUUACUACAUUGCAGAAUCAGAUCUUACUGUAGACGAGCUGGAUAGAAGAAUAAGGGAAUUCGAAUUGAAAGAUAUGCCUGGGGAAGGCGAGGAUAUGGAAGAUAAGGAGGAAGGUGCAGACGAACACAAGGAAUUAGAAGGAGAAGGCGAAGCUGUGGAAGACAAGAACAAGGAACCUGUACCUCCGAAACUGCCGCCCAUUCCCGAGCCCACGUGGCAACCGCCACCGCCCAUCCCGGUGGAGAGGCCUGGCCAGGGAGUCAACAAGAAGGUGUACUGGGUGUGCAACAUUCCCGGAGAGGCGUGGACGUGUCUGCCGGACGUGACGCCGGAGCAGAUCCGCGUGGCGCGGCUCACUGUGCGCUGCAUGACUGGGAACUUGGACGCGGAGAUCCAAACGUUCCCGCCGUUCGACGGCACGGAGCGCAACUUCCUGCGCGCGCAGAUCGCCCGCGUCCAGGCCUCCACCUCCAUCUCCCCGCAGGGCUUCUACACCUUCGGCUCGGGGGAGGAGGAGGAGGACAUCGACAUGGAAGAGGGCAUGGGCGACAUGGCGUUUAACCCGAACCCCUUCUACCGAGGCCACACCAUCAAGGACCUCAUGGACCCCGACAUGACGUACUGGGUGCACCACGGCCGCCACAUCCUGCAGCAGGGACGGACUAUCUGGUGGAAUCCCAACGCGGGGAUGGACGAAGCGCUAGAAGAAGAGGACGAUGAAGGUCCGCCACCCAUAGCGCCCGAGACCGGCCCCUCGCUCAUGUGUCCCCUGUCCGAGGACGGCCGUGUCGAGGGGCUGCGCGCGUGGACGGCAAGAAAGAGCACGCUGCUGGCGCCCGAGCGGGCCGUGGUCACCAUGCGGAGUACGGUCUGGCCGGGAGCCGUCGCUUACGCUACCGACGGAAAGAACUCUGAGUGCAUGUACAUCGGCUGGGGCCUGAAGUACCAGCCGCCGAACUUCUCGCCGCUGCAGCUGCCGCGGCCGCAGGACGAGUACCCCGUCGGGCCCGAGGUCAUGGAGAUGCAGGACCCGUCCUUCGCCGACGAGGAGGCGUACCGCAUCGCGCGCCUGCCGCCGCCGAUCCCCGAGCUGCCGGGCGAGGGCAUGGGCGAGGGCUUCGGCGAGGAGGGCGAUGAAGAGGAGGACUAAACAAUGUGCUCACUAGAGUUUAUAUUCCAUUGACUAUGCUAGCUAUCACCAAACUUAAGCAGAGCAGAGCCGUGGCUAAGCUAUUACAGUAAACGGCGAUAAAGAAUGCACAUCGGUCUUUGGAAAGAGACAAUUGACGUCACAUAAGUAAGAAAGAGACCACGCUCUACGAAGACGAAAACUGUACUUUUUUCUAUUUUUUCACUAGUCUCAGAGUUUGCCGCAUACGAGGGUAUGUAGGUAUCGUUUAUGCACACGUGGACAAUAGAGAGACAGGUAAACGAUGUUUAUGGUAUGAAUGAAAUUCAUGAUUUAGUUUGGAGACUGUCUAUAUUAGUUAUGUUUUAUAUUUGUGUGAUUCUGUUUUAAUUACGUGCAGUAGGUAUUAUUUGAAUAAAACCAUUAUUUAUAAACAA